AUGGAGGCAAUGAUGGUGAAGACAAGAGGCCAUGAAGAGAAGUGGGCAUCCGAUCGAACUCCAGCCAGUGGCAAGCACUCCAUGGCUCUAGACCAGAAUGAUGUCUACAACUUUGUAGGCUUCAGCAUUCUCUUUUCAGCAUGGAUGGUGUUCUUCUUGUUCUUCUCUUCUCGCCUGAUAGGCUUCCUGAUAUCUUUUCUUCUCAACCACCUGGUCUUUCACAGAAACGUUCUAAUCGACAUCAAGGGCAUCCACUUUGCUGUGCUGAGAGGGUGCAUCAGUGUAGGAGAGAUCAAGAUAUCAACUCCGAACAUGAACUUUCGAGCUGUAAGUGGGUACCUUUCGAUCGCCUGGUGGCGGGAGUGGGCCAGGGACGGCACGACGAUGAUUCUCAAUCUGAGUGGGCUGGAAUGCGCUCUUGUCAACAACACAGCCAAGUACAACAUCCUCGAAGAGCUGCUGGGAAGAUCAAGGAACGAGACCGUUGAGAUCGAGGAGAGCCUCCCGCCAAGGGCUUCAGGGAUCUUCUGGCUUGCUCGCAUGAUCGGGAUCAGAAUCAACAUGGGGACUAUCACUAUCGGCAACCCGAGCUUACCGACCAUGGUCAUCCUGGGAUUCGAGGCGGCCAAGGGGAAGUUUGCUCUGCACCAGGACAAGAGGCUCUGUAGCCGUGUUGAGCUUGACUUGGACAUAGUCGGCGUCAAGGUGAAGGUAUGCGAGAACGAGGGAUUUCAAGAGGACUUCUUCCGGCCGGGGGACCCUCGCAGGACCUUUCGCUCCCACCUCUUCUCCUGGGAAGCUUCGCACGUGUGGCACGGCAUGGUUGCCGGGUUCAAGGACGCGUUUCCGUUCCUUCAGCACCUGGUGGACGGCAACGACAACAUGUCAGAUUGUGGAAGAAGUUCGAUGGAAGGGGGUGAGAACGACGAUCAGAGCAGGGCAGAGAUAGGAGCGCAGAGCGGAACGAACAGCAGCGGGAGAGUGAAGUCGAGGGAGGGUAUCGAGGAGAUCCUGUCCAGUCAGCUGAUCCACCUCAAGUUCUACGACCACCUGUCAGGGUUCCGCAGGGAAGUGAAUGAGCCGUUGGAGUUCUGUGGAAUGGAGCAUGUGCAGGAUCUUGAAAGGGGCCUGAGACUGACAGUCGUACAUCCCACGAUCGUCUACGGACCGUGGGAAGACAGGCAGAGGGCGAUUCUUCAGAGUUUCUAUUUCCCAUUUGACUUCCAGGAGCGGCGAACGAGGAGGGCAAAGGCAGGUUACACGUCAGAUCGAUGCGGCUUCAGGACGAGAGUUGAGAUCCGGGGAUCAGUCCGCUUCAAGCUGCCGUUCAGCAGGGAGUCCAGCAGCAGGAAGGUAGACGCUAGAUCCUCGUACACUCGUUACCUCGAGUCAGACGCCUUCCUAAAGUUCUUCAGCGGAACCACGAGGGAGGACGGGCGAUCGUGCCCGUCUGACGUGUUCGAGACUUUCGGGAGGGGAGGGAGGCAGGAUCAGGAUAGUGCAGAGGCGCCACGUAAGGACCAGGGAGUCGAACAGCAGGAGGAAGGAGGGUCAGGAGGGUCGCACUCGGACCUUGAAGCUCUAGAGCAGGACGGGACUUCAUCGUCAGAGACGACGGAGACGAGCUUCGAGAAGUCUGAGGAUGGAUCGACUGAGGAGGAGGAGGAGGAGUACGUGUUGAAUUCAGUCUUGCCGGGAGACAGAGUGGACUCCCUCCCCCUGGUCGUUGUUGUCAACAACUUCGUCCCCUUCCACUACUCGCAGCAAUCUCUCCACGAGAACUUCACGGAUGUUGAGUUCGUAGAAGAUGUGUCCAUCUCGACCAGCAUCGUCAGUGUCAAGUCUCAGAAUGUGUUCUGGAAAGCUUCCAAGUUCAAGUUGAGCGUCUCGGUCCUGUCCGGGAAGAGGUACAACGACCUAAGAACGAUCACAUGGAAGAUCAAGAGCACGAACAGCAGGCUGAUUCUGCUCAGAGAUCAUGACAGACUGAUUGCCUCGUUGAUCUCCGAUUGGAUCUGGAAGCCUCCUGGAGUGCAAGCUAACGUGGACCCUGCGCGUUUCAUGCCCAACAUCGUCAAAGUGUUUGUGGACAUGGAUGGCAAGCUUGAGGUCAACCUGAUCGUGAACGAAGACAACGUCGUCAACGAUUUUGCCGACGAUGACAACAACGCAAUCCUGAUGCUCAGGGCGAAGUCGCUGAGGGUGGAGACCCGAACUUGCAAUGAUGUCUUGCAGGCCAUGAAAAGUGAGACUCAGUAUGUGGUGUCUGUCGAGAGCCUGAAUGGGAUCAUGAAGGAAGAAGCUCCUCGGAGCAUCUCGCAGUUCAUCUCUGGCCCCCUCCCAGAGUUCUUGAAGGGGAGGGGCCUGAGGGUAUCAGGAAGCGUCCUCCGCCACAAGUGGAACGGGAAGGGCUAUGCUGAUAUCGACAACUCCUCGAUCUACAUCGAUGCGGAUGGAGUAGUUCUGUUUGCCCACGGGCACUCACUCUCUACCAUCAGCAACUUCAUCAACAACUACUUCGGGUCCUGCUCGAUCGCCGUCACAAGGAAGGAGUUCAAUGCUACCAAGGACAAGAACGGCAUCUGGGGUUGGAAUCACAAGCAGCAGAAGACCUUCCUAAAACAGUUUCUCCGCAAGCAGGAUCAGCAGGUUCCCAACAAGAACGAAACCUUUUUGCGCAUCACCCUGUGCGAUGUCUCCCUAGAGCUCCCCGAGCACGAGAUCAUCACCGCAAGGAAGCAGUCGUUUGCAACGGCACAUGUCAACGAAGUCAUCAUCGAGAUCCGCAACCAAACUCAACAGAGUGACCUGACCCUGCUCGUCUCACCGGCCUCCCUCCACUUCAAGAGUCCAUCUGACAAGGUAAGGGAGAAACCAAGGAGCCCGGGCUCUGCUGGGGUUGUGCGCAUUGACGGCAUCGAGCUGCACCACAAGAAGCUCCUCGGGUCUUAUCCCAUGCAGCUGGUCUAUCAUGUAUCCACCAGGAUCAUGUGCGGCAGGUGCGAUGGCGAGAUGUCUCCUACUCAGUUCCAGUCGUUGCUCGGCUUCUUCCAGCAGCUCCUGUCGUCCAAUCACCGUCCUCUUAACAUCGAGACCGACGUCGUUCCAGGCAGACUGUGGCAGCGUCGCCUCUCCUACGAUAUCUUAGAUUGCCAAGUCGACGUCGUCUCGCUCACUCUCACGGACCCUUCCUACAAGAUCCAGCUCGAGCUGUCUCAGGGUCUGCAGGUCAAGGGCGACUCGCUCGUCUGUAAUGAGCAUCAUGCAGCCAAGAUCGUUCAGGUACCCUCGUGCAAGCUUGUCCUGUGCGAUGCUGCUAAGGACCCGUUCUACGUGUUCAACACGCUCCUCCCGAAUCGUUCCUGCAAUGCCAACACCCUCUGCUAUGAGCUCGCCAGGGUGCAGACUUCGUUGGUGAUCAGGCUGUUCAAGAAGUACUCGACAUCAAAAGAGGACGCCGAGAACCAGUUGACCUUCCUGGUUGAGAACGACAGGCAGACUGGAAGGCUUGCCGACGUGAUCGCAAAUGAGAAGCAGAAGAUUGGGGGGAGGCCAGGAAAUAUCUCAGAGCGCUCCUUCUCCAAGACUCCCUCCUCCGAGGUGUACACGACGGCUGCGGACUUCAUCACUGCAGACGACGCUUCCUCUUUCUCAACGUCCGACGGGUCGCUCCUUGACAGCGAUGAUGACUUCCGAGAAGUGUCGGACACUUUGAUGGAGAGAGAAGAGUUUUCGGGUCAAGUUUCCACGUCAUACGAGGUAGUCCCGCUGAACUUCUCUUGUUCUUGUGCCAACACCAAGGCAGCGACGGUCAAGAUGGCGAAGUUGAGACUGUACACUCCCUUCCAUCCUAAGUCCUUCACUACUUUUGACCAGAAGGAGUUCGAUCGCGUCAAAGAUCAAUUCAUGGAUGACUACGACAGGAAACUAGACACGCUUCUCGGGGAGAAGACGGUCAGGGUGAACGGGUGGAAGGUUUUGCAGCACGAGCAGCUCCCUUCCUUGAACCAGGACGGGAAGUCAGAGGACGUCUUUGUGGAAGAGCAAGUCUGUGUGUCAGCAGGGCUGGUGCAAGCGAGCGUGUGCGACAUAGCCCUGUUGAAGCUCCUCUCCUUAGCAGAGAACCUUCCUCAUCUCACCAGCUCUGUGGAGGGAUGUUUGAGUAGGAUGAAGCGGGCGAACUCUCCGCCGUCUGCGUCAUACGCCUUCAGCGCCUUGCACGAGAGGAGGAAGACGGUGGUGGUGAAUGUGGAUGGGACGGAGUUGAAACUGUUCAAGCUGUCGGAGGACGAGGCGACAGCUCCUGAGCAGAGGAACGUGAGGUCAGAGAUGAGGAAGAAGAGGGAGAAUGGGAAAGAGGACGAGGUGCUGAGCAAACUUGUCCUUGCCUUCGGCUUCAAGACGAUCAAGUCGAAGAUAAGCCUGUCAGAAUGGCAGGAUCCCUUCAUUCAGCAGUCCAACGUCAACGGAGAGCAGGAGGGAGCGAUGAAGAAGGAGAAGAAGAUUGCAGUCGACUUCUCGAUGAGGAAGAUUCUUUGCUUCUUCUGCAUGCAGGGGUACAGCAGGUCCUUCUUGAGAGAGCAAGUCGGGCUGCCCAGCAGCAUGAUGCACAGGGUCAUCGGAGAGUCGUUCCUCCGAGCUGAGGAGGAUGAGAGCUUGCGGCACCUGCUCAUCGUUUCUGUCGAAGGCCUCACGCUGAGCCUCAACAAGACGGUGAUAGCAGAUGUGUCAGAGGUCGAUGACUGGCAGCUGAAUGUCGGAGCCGUCCUGUCUGCCAUGGAUCAGACCUGCAUCGCCUCCCUGCUGCCCUUCCUUGUCAUGUACGCGGAGAUUGUCAAACGGUUUCAAGACAACCUCAGGCAACGGACCUCGAUCAUGAAGCGAAACAUCGGCAUGCUCAUCGAUCAGGCUGUGCCUGACACUGUCCGAACUUCCCAGCUGAACAGAACGUCGUCGUUCAACUCCUUCUCCACCGACUCCUCACACGACCUCCCCAACUUGAACCUCUCUCACCUCAGAAGGAGCAAGAGCGACGAUCCGAGGAACUGGAAGGACAGUCGCUUCAAGUCUCCGCAAGCUAUCAAGAAUCUGCAACGACACACCAGCGAGGACUACCGGCGUAUUGCUUCCCAGCUGUCGAAACAAGUUUCUUAUCACUCCGUUGUGACGUUUGUUCGGGCUUGCUCAGGUCAUGACAUCAAGGAGCUCAACAGUUGUUUGAAGUUGCCGCAAUCCUGGGAGUUUGUCUCCCCACAGACUCUGAAGGCUGUCUGCGGUGCAUGCAAGCUCAAGAGCCAGGAAGAAGAAGCGAGUGUCUCAGACUGGAGUUGCGUCGUGUCUGCCUCAUUCCCCAAGUUCACUGUCCUCACUCUUCCCCCUGGAUGCUCUCUGGCGGGGUCAGAGAAGGAGCUUCGGUCACUCAAUCUGAGCGACAUCUCCUCCAGUGAGGCGUUCAGAAAGGCCAACGACAUCAGCUGCCUGCAGAUCCUGGAUACCAAGGUGACGGUGAACGGGAACAUGUUCAGCUCGCAGCCAUCAGCGGAGAGGAGGGUUCCCAGCUCGUUGAGAGCGAACAGGCAAGGAGACCUGAGCAUCAUCGCCAACGUGCAAUGCAAGAAGAUAAACAUCCACAUCUUCCCUCUCUUUGCUGAGAUGGCCGAGACGGUCUCGACCGUGUGCAGGAGGGUCGGCCGACGGUUUGCAUCAGGGGUGAUCUCCUCCUACCUCGAGAAGGAGGCGCAGACUGUGAAGUCCAGCAAGAGGAUCGUGUCGUUCAAGGAGAACAUGGUGGAGUGGAACGGAGAGGCGGAAGAGAAGAGCAAGCGCGAUGUGUGCGUGGUGCUUCCUAUCCAGGGGGUUCUGAAACGGGUGGACAUGCCCAAGGACACCAGGAAGGAGCCAAUGACGUUUGCCGCCGCCCUCUCAACGCAGGGGGACAAGAAGUGUAUGAGGGGGAUGAGAGGUCUCGCAGCCCACGGGAGGAGCAACUCUCUGCCCUCUUUCUCGGCCGUUGAGAACGCCCUGGCGAUCAGCAACUUGCUGUCGGACCUGAUUGCGAAGCCGUCGGAGGGGGAAACAGCCAAAACAAGGAGGAGGAAGACCAACACUAAGAUCCACGUCUACUGCCAACUUGAUGUGGAGCUGUGUGCCGACCUCCCUCACGUCGGGCGGGUAAUGCUGGUGAUGUCGCCCAUCUCCCUCCUGCUCACCGACGUUGGGGACGCGAAGGAGCAGCAGGGAAAGAAGAUGAAGACGGGAGUCUCGUCACAGAUCAAGACCAUAGAGGUCAAAGUUGAGAAGAUAGCAGAGGACGAGUUCUCGUCGUUGGGGUCGAUCGUCGGCAGGGAGAUCAAUCUGUCCGUCAAGACUUGCUCAGUCUUCCCUGCUCGUCAAUCAUCCGAGCAGACCAAGGGCGCUGCAGGUGUGAAGAACUUCCAGGAAACUAUGAGGGCUGCAGUGACGGAGCAGGAGCACGAGGAGACGGGAGGGAUCUUAGACAUCAAAGAGCUCCAAGUCCUCGACGUCUCCCUCAACAAGGUCGAUGGCAACCUGCUCCAGAAGCUCGUCUACGCGUGGUUCCCUCCCUCCAACAAGAUUGAGAUCGCGUCUAUCCGUUCAGGACUGGACGGGGGAGGCCAGGGGGGUCACGGGAACUCGGUCCUCGAGCUCAUCCUCCGUGUGCAGAGUCUGCGCGCUAGCGUGAAGGUUCUACAAGACGUCUCCCUGAACUACGUCAUAGCUGACGGGCUCAGCACAACCUGGCGCCGAUACGUCCUGUGCGACUACGAUGAAGUGAUGAGAGAAUCGAUGAACCGUCAAGCGCACUCGCUGAUCACUAUGAGGGUCCACAAGGGGAACCUCCGGAGCUCGAAGCAGGGAGGGGGCAAGGACAGGCAUCCUGCCAUCGCCCUCCCUGAGAUUCACCUGGUGACGGAAGUCCUUACCAACGGAGGCCGGGCCGCGUUUGACGGGAGGCUGCACAAGGGAGGGGAGAGAAGGACGGAGGGCAGGGCGACUGAGGUGAGUGAGAUCAAGUUGCUGGUCUCUGUCGAGCAGGUGUGCAACGAGGUCCGAGCUGAAAUCCUCAAUCAUCUCCUGGAGAUCCAGAGGACGAUGAAGAACGAAAUCGACGUCUUCCUGCAGGAAGCUGAGAAAUACGCCAAGAGGUACUCCUCCUCUCCCUCCGGCGACUCUCGGGUGCUUCUAUCUCGCAUCACCUUCCACGUCACCUUUGUGAUGAUGGGCAUUCGGCUGAGAGUUGCCUCCCCGUCUGCCUCGCUCAUGCUGGACACGGGGUUGAUCUCCGUGCAGGCUGAGCUGAAGCCCAGCUCGUCUCUUCACAGCUCAUCGAUGUGGAGGGUUGCCCUGGACGGCUUCACCCUGGCACUGACCUCUACCUCCGUGAAGGCUUCGUCCUCCACCCCUCGAGACGCCAGCGCGUCAGGUCCCAAGAGGAAGCAGAAAAAGAACUUGAUCCAAGCUCAGAUGACGACCAACCUCAAGGUGCAGAACUACGCAGGGGAGACGGCGAUGUCGUCGGACCUCCAAGAGGACGUGGUGACCUGGCUGCCGUCACGAGAGGAAAAGGUCGGAUCUCCUCACAAGCUCUCCAUCUUUAUCAGGAACACGACGAUCGUCGCACGUCCUGGUUGCGUGCGGACGUUCAUAGAGUUUGGCAACCAUUACGUCGAGGCAUACAAGGCAUACCAGGAGCAGAGGAAAGCGAUUCACCUCGAGGCCCUGGAUAAGUCGAUCAAGCGGAUGGUCAACUCCGGGAAGACAGCAGCCGGCAGCCGCCUGAUGAACAAGAACCACGAGAGCUUGAUGAACAACAUCUACUUGCAUGUCGAGCUGCGGGAGACAGUGAUCUCCAUGGUUUACGAAUAUGAGAUCUCCAACGAUUUCUGCUUCACCGUCGACGAGAAGGCGAAAGCGUCUGAUUACUUCCAGAGCUUCUUGUCGAUAAGAGAUCAACAGCAACAGGACAGGCUUGGCUUGCACAACGCUCGAUCUCUGAUAGCCUGCCUGCAUAUGAUUGACCUCAGUGCAGAGAGCUCGUCCUCGUCCUCGUCCUCCACCUUCGACCGAAUGAUGCUGUCACACCUGGACUUCCAGAACCUUGCUGUCGGCUUCUCGUCCGAGAAGUUGAAGCUUCCUGACAGCCUGCAGUCUUACGAUCAUCUGAGAAAGCUGCUGAGUGCUAACGGGUUCAUCCUGAAAGAGGCCUCGGGCGAUUUCAGUCUCAUCGCCAAGCAGCCGACAGGAGCAGCGUACGAGGAGCUCGAAGUUUGUCUAGUCAUGUCGCUUCCCUCCUUCGAGAUGGAGAUGGACUCGCAAACGGUCGAGAGCUUCUUUCAGUUCCACAACUCCUGGGGGAUCCACAGAGCCUUCGACUCUCCCUACUACCAACAAUCACCCGACCCCGACAACGUCGAGGAGGACCAGGAAGCAGCGACGGAGCCGGCGGAGAGAAGCACGCUGAGGCUGAUGGACUUGAAGUCUGAGAAGAAGUUCAGAUGCGUGAAGUUGAACUUGUCGCUUCAUUCAGCGACGGGCAUCCUCACCAUCUAUCACAAAGCAGGAAGCGACACCCGGAGGAGGCACAAAGUCGCACCCAAGAAGCCUGAUAGCAACGAGGAGCCUGACAUUCUCCUUUGCGUUCCCUUCCCCGAGUUUGACAUCGCGGCCUGCGGCAAGUUGUUCUUUGCUAUGAAGGGAUUCGGAGGCAAGGCGGACAGAGAAAACUCUCAGAUCCCUUGGAGGUGGAAAGGAAACUCGCAGAUUGAUAUCGACGGGGAAGUUUUCAGCCUCCCGGACACCCUCAUAGUCUGUGAGAUGCGCAUGCCUCGAGAUAAGCAGGGAAACGUACGGGAGCUCUGGUUUUCUCCCCUCGUCCUCGACUUUCUCAAUGAAGUCCUCAGUCUGCAUUCGCAGUACACGAGUCGUAUUCAAGCCUCAAAGUCCAGCCCUCCUCUGUCUGUGACUCCUGAAGCCCGAUCCGCAAGGAGCGAAGGGAAGGGACAGCAGCGCGGCGCUAUCAAGAUGCUGAUGAACAGGACGGUCUACUCCAUGCGGUUCGCGUCCUUCGACGUCAGACUGUCAGCCGUGGAGUCAGGAAAGCCCGAGCUCGACAAUCGCGAUCUCUUCGCCGUCCUCUCCAUCCAGAAGCUCGACCUCAUGACCUGCUUCAGCUCGCGGGAGCAACUUCGGGAGGGGACGAUGCACCUUGCGGAUGGAGUCUGGAGGUACCUGUGCCUCAACGUGGAGCAGGUGACGUUCAAACUUGUCCAGCAACAGAUCGACUCGACCAUGGUGAGGAGGGAAGGAGCUCAUCCUGACUCCUACGUCAGCUUCCAAGGCAUCUCGGCAUCCGCCACCUCCUUCGAGAACAACAAUCAGCUGCUGACGUCGUUCAUCGCGACCUUGGUCUCAGUGAAGGGCCUUGUCAACAUUCGAUCCAUGUUCAAUGCUUCGUCGCUGCUUGAAUCUUGGUUGGUUGCUGGCAAGAACAUCUCCCUUCCUCACAAAGCUGGCAACCUCGUCGCUCCACGUCGUUCGUUCAUCUCGCGCGUGAAGGAGCGAAAGAAAUCUUUCUUUCGCUUGUCUGUGCAAGUCAAGGAGUGCAACGUUGCCGUCGAGCAUCCCCUAGGUCAUGCCAGGUUGAGCAACAAACCCGGCAUGGACGAGCGGAGGGCCCAUCCCAUCACCUUCUACUUCGACAAGGGAUCGCUGGAUCGAGACAAGGCGGGGCUGCAGCAGCAGGAAGGCAUCGCCUCCUGCACUCUCGAUAUGAUCAGAGUUGAAAGCCCCAUGAGAGACGAUUCUCUCUUGAAGAUCGCGAGCGCUCUUCAGCAAGGAUACUUCUUGAAGCAGACGGAGCCGGACGAGAAGAUGAACAGAGCAAUGUCGCUGAUCGCUGGCUCGAAGUACGCCUUCUGCGACCUGAGCCUGGAUGGCUCCAAAGUGCUUGAGCUCAGGUCCAACGACACGCAUGCAGCCAUCAACAGCAGCUUCCCAGGUCAUGGGCACGAAGGGGAUCCUGUUUCCAAGCUGCUCCUGAGAUUUUCUCGUCUGUUGAUUCACGUUUCAAGUGAGACAACUCCGACCCUGAUGAGCAUCUGGAAGAGAAUGUCAUCUGCCCUCCAGACAAGCAACAAGACUGCUAGGAAGGCCCCCAAUGGAGAUGCAGCUGGGAAGAAUGCUCAUCAACAUCUGUCAAGAUCCUUCUCAGCGUUUACGACGGACGCGGAGUACGAGACACAGGUCUCGGAAGGACAGAUGGUGAUGGGAGCGAUUGCCAUCGUAGGUGAAGAGAUACACGUCACCUGUUUCGACAGCAGCAUAGCGGAGGGUGUUCAGUGUUGUCAAGUAUCCAUCCACGAUGUUGUUCUGAACUUCCAGAUGGAAGAGAACCUGGCUGAAUCUGAUAUGUAUCGCUUCUUGCAACUGAAAGCAAACAUGGUGUAUGUCAUACGAGUAAGCAAAGGCCCGCCUUCCAAGGACAUCACUUGCAACAGGAUCAAGCAGGGUGUUAUGCGACAUCUUGGCGCUGACUACAUCGUUCACAUUCCCGACAUUACGAUCGAUUUGUCUACCAUACAGAUUUGUAGCGGUGGCAAAAACCGCUCGAAACUUGUUCAUUGUGAAUUCGACUCAAACUUCAAAUCUCCCAUCGAGGUCAAUGUGGACUUCUAUCAAUACGAGUAUCUACAGCAGCUGUUCAAACGAUACAAGAACUCAAGGAGAGACGACAUGUCCUCAGACUUCGAUCAUCCUCCUCUGAACGACUUGUUUUCUCCUCUCUCAGAAUCUCAAAGUCGAUCUUCAUUGCAGCGUGAGAAGAACUUGACGCAAGGCCUCAAGCUCGACUACAGGUGCUUGAAGUUCAAGCUUGAACCACCGAUCGCGGCCAUCAGUGAAGUGCCGAUUGACAUCAUAACGAUCUUGAGCUGGCUUGGGAUCCGCAAGAGAGAGACGAUAGUUGGGAUGCUUCACGAGGGGAUCAUACAGAACUCCGAGAAGAUCCUCGACCAGGUCAACGCGCGUCUCAAGGGCAUGGACCCGCACGGCGUCACUGACAAGUAG